AUGUUAGGGUUCAAACAAGAAUUCACCACUUUGAAUAAUGGGAAUAAAAUGCCGUCAAUUGCCAUCAUCGGCACUGGUACAGCAUGGUACAAGACAGAAGAGACCCCUGAAACUUUCUCUCAGGAACUUGUCGAUCAGAUUAAAUAUGCACUCACUUUGCCUGGCAUCGUACAUAUUGAUGCAGCCGAAGUUUACAGAACAUAUCCUGAAGUGGGUAAGGCCCUUAGAGAGUCCCACAAUGUGAAACCAAGGGAUGAAAUCUUCAUUACUGAUAAGUAUUCGACCCAAUUGAAGAUUUCUGAGAAUCCAAUGGUUGGUUUAACCAAUGGGUUGAAGAAAUUGGGUUUGGAUUACGUAGAUCUAUACUUAUUACAUAGUCCUUUUAUCUCAAAGGAGAAAAAUGGAUUCACAAUGGAAGAAGCAUGGAAAUACAUGGAAGAUUUAUACAAAGCUGGUAAGGUGAAAAAUAUUGGUGUUUCUAAUUUUUCUAUGGCUGAUUUACAAAGAAUUUUAAAGAGUUGUGAAGUUAAACCUCAAGUUAAUCAAAUUGAAUUUAAUGCCUUCUUACAAAACCAAACUCCAGGCAUUGUGAACUUUUGUAGGGAAAAUGAUAUUCAAGUGGUGGCUUAUACACCAUUAGGUCCAUUACAAAGAAAAUCAAAGAAUUUCGAACAAGAGAAUUUCCAUAAGUUUGUUAAACAAUUGGCUGAAAAAUAUGAUAAGAGUGAAGCACAAAUAUUACUUCGUUGGGUAAGCAAACGCGGAAUUAUCCCAGUCACCACUUCUUCAAAAGAGAAAAGAAUUAAAGAUGCACAAUAUCUUUUCACUUUCGAUCUAACUGACAGUGAGGUUGAGAAAAUCACUCAAUUAGGUUUAAAGCAUGAACCACAAAGAAUGUACUGGAAUGAUCAAUAUGAUAAGUUUAAUUCACAAUCACAAAAAAUUUAA